AGUAAUAAUGGCGACGGUGGAGAUGUGGAAUGUUUGUCUGGAUGAGUAUCCAGCACAUUGAUUCGAUGUGAACCCGGCAUUGAAAAACGAAGGAGAAAUGUACAAAUUUAACAGAUAGUAUGAAAAAAUGUUGAAGCUAGUGGUCAUGUAGUUUUAGUUACUUGCGUUGCCAUUUAAGUGUAUACAAUAUAUUUGGCCCCAGCUAAAUCUGUUAGCAAAAAUGGAAGAGAUUCAACUUACUGAAACUGAACAGCGAUACUUCGGAGACUUGUUUAUAUGUUGUGACUCAGAUAAUAGUGGGAAGAUUCCGGUCUACAAAGCCUCUGAAUUAUUCCGAUCCGCAAAUCUCCCGCUUGAUGUGUUAAAACAGGUAACUGAACUCUGUGGUGGAAGUAGAGUCAGCCAUUUGGGACGCCGUCAGUUUUAUUCAGCUCUGAAACUCAUAGCAGCUUUUCAAGCAGGGCUUCCUCUACGUCCAGAGCUUUUCCAUUCAUCACUUGAUGUCCCUUUACCUCGUUUCACUUGGGCAGCAUCAGUUGACAAGUGGGAGCCUCAACAUAUAAAUCGGCAGUUAGGCAGCCCAGAUCUCAUUCAGCUAAGUGACACAGACCGGACACCAACUCCACAGCAUGAACCAGUUGGGAGUGUUCCAAAUAGUGAAGGAGGGGUGGAAGCCUAUGCAGAGUCUCCGCAUCCCAAUGGACGAUCCUUGUCACCAACUUGUGAACCUGAGCCAAAGGGGAUAUCACCUGAAGCUUCUAGCACAGCCAGUGACUCACCUACGCCAACCAACAGUGUCCAGGAAAGGAAUUGGGCUGCUACCACGCACUGGCAUGGUUUGGUAUGUGAAGAACAGCGACAGUUGUUGGGUACUGAGGAGGAAUCUUCGGAUCGUCACAGCAGUGAGGAGGAUGUUGAUGGGGAUGGGGAAGUGUGGACCAUUACUGAAGAGCAGAGAGAUUACUACACAGCCCAGUUUCGAUCUCUUCAACCAGACCCAGCGGGACUUAUUGCUGGACCUGCAGCUCGACUGUUCUUUGAGAAAUCACGUUUGCCAGUACAGGAACUUCGAAAAAUAUGGCAACUUGCAGAUGUCACCAAAGAUGGAGCUCUGUCUCUUGAUGAAUUUAAUACAGCAAUGCAUUUGGUAGUGUUAAGAAGAAACAACAUUGAUCUACCAGACACUCUGCCUCCUUCCCUGGUUCCACUCCGUCAAAGUCAGGUAACUGUUGCACCAGCAGAGCCACCCAGUAGAGAGGAAAGCCCUCCAAGUCUGUCUCCUCCAGGUGGAGAGCCGGCAUCUCCACCCAGAAGCAAGGAGUGGACAAAAUUUGUAGACUCCCCAACUAGUUCAAUGUCUUCACCAGGCCCUAAGCCAGUUAACUUUGAUUUCCAUAAAUCAGCAGUAGAACAGGAUCCAAAGAUUUUGCAUCCUGUGCCAUUGCGCCUGACUCCAGAAUCCCAAGGGCUACUUCCUGGAGAGGAUGAACCCUGUCGUUCACCACGCAAAGUUACGGAACCUCAGCAGAUACCAUAUGAGCAACUAAGUGGAGAAGGUGGAAGCCCCAAGAAGGCCACAGUGACACUGGACAAUAGUGUAACCCCAGCAUCAGAUAUUAGACCAAUUCAGCGACCACAACCAAAGAAACCAGCAGCACCAGGUCCUGGAGCCAUUCCACCUCCACCCCAGCCCACAACUUUGUCCACACCUGAUGAGUUGUCAGGAGCAGCCAUCAUAGCAACUGCAGUCACAACAGGAGGUCAGUCUGGUCCAACAAGUCUCCCUGUGACUGUUGUAGCAGCACAAAUGGGACCCAAGAAGGAACCCCCACCACCCCCCCCACCUCGACCAUACCGAACACAUGCAAGAAGUUCAUCUUUGGAUCUCAAUCGAUUGGGAAAGUCUGCAAGUCUGCUUGGAGCUCCUCCAGUGGUUCCACCUAGAAUCUCUCCCAGCACUACCUCACCAAAAAAGCUGAUUGGUCAGCGUAGUGAGGGUGAUGUGCUGUCUUUGGUAGGGGAUCAGGCAGGUUUUGCAGAUUUUGCUCAAUUUGUCCAGGAGGAGGAAAGUUGUGUAGAUGGUGGCCAACCCAGAAGACAUGGUGCCUUUGAGGUUUACAGGAAACCUGUGUCUAGGGCUGGUGUGCCAGAUGUUGGUGUAGGGAUGCAGGAUCUUGAAAGUCCAACAGAAGAAUCACAGCAGCUUAGACAUCGCUUUGAAGGAAGUGAGGGGUGGAGUCCAGCUGGGUCCACAUGGCACGGUGGCCACCGAUUGACCUGUUGUACCUACCCCAGAUGUAGUGAACAGAGUUCAUUUCGUCGGCUACAAGAACAGAAUACUCUCCUCAUCAGAGUCUGUCAAGAAUUAAACCAAGAGUUAGCUGAAGUUCAAGAAGAAAGAGCAUCAUUAGAACUACAGUUGGAACAAUUUAGAGCCCAAGUGGUGGAAUAAUUGGAAAUCAGUCUGUGGUUCCACAUAAAGCAAAUCUGAGGCUGUUCUGCAAAUCUAAAUUUCAUAAAGCAACUGUGUCCAGAAAGAAGCACUGUAGCUGUACCUUCCUGUCUCCACUGGUCCCAUAGUCAAAACUGAUGCAGUCAACUUUGCCUCAGUAGUUAGAAUGCUUAUAGCAUAGCAGGAAAUUGCCCUCCCCUCAUAAGCCUGUUAACAUCAAAAUAAGCCAGGAGCCAGCUGUGGUAUUCUCUUCCAGUUGGAUAUCCAAAGAUUGAACAGUUGUUGUAGAAGCAGUUUCUCCCCUUGCUUGCAUGGCUGAUUUGUAACAGCUUACUUUCAUAUGAACUGUAGAUAUUUCUGUAUUUCCCAAUUCCAUUACUUUUGAUAUAUUUUAAAUCAGUUAAACCAUAUAAACAUCUACAUCAGUGGUCUCUGAUUUGUGGUUCAGAAUUACACAUUGUAUGAUUCAUGAAGAAGAGAGUUUAUUGAAGCUUGGAAAUAAAAGACCUACAUUUUUAUAUGUAACUAAAAGUACAGUUGUUUAACCAUGGACUAGGCAGUUAUUGUUGAAGCAGUGGCUUUAGCAGUAAAGUAUUGAACCUAACAGUGUAGGGACUUUCUUUCUUGUUUAACUAAUGUAACACUCUCCUAUCUUGUUUAACUAAUGUAACACUCUCUUAUUACAUUAUGGAAAUUGAACUGUCUUUAUAUUUUGAAAAGUUAAUCAUUGGGAAUACUGAAUAUUUCAAAUAUCAUUAUGUAAGCUCUUUGCAGUUAGCAUAUUGAACAGCACUAUUUUCAUUGCUGUAUAUCCAUGUCCUGAGAGUACCAGAUGUUUAUAGCAAUACAACAAAGAGGAGUUACACAUAUGUGGGUUACUUCAAAGGUCAUGGCAACUAAUUUUUAGGGGCAAACAUGUUACAGUGAAGAAGGUUCAAAAUAUACUUACGAAAUAUACCCCUCCAAUUGGCUUAGUCAGAUCAGGUAGAUGUGAAGGGGCAUAGGUAUAGUAGGCAAGAAAAAUUGCAAUCUUUAAUCCUCGAAAAAUUCAAUUGUGAUUAAGAAAUAAAAGUUUCAAUGUGAGUUAAAUCUGAAUUCUUACAUUACAACUAGCAACCUUCAAAGUAGUGUCCAAGUGUAUCAAGUACUCGCUGCCAGUGACGAAUAUGGCGAAUACCAUCAGCUUCACCAUCUCCAAAUCUUUUCAUCUCACACCAAACUGCAUUGGAAAUGUCCUUUCAUGUUCGAAAGCAUUUCCCUCACAAUGGCUGUUUCAAUUUGGGUAUUAAGUCAUAGUCAUAUGGCAAAAGGUCGGGUGAACAUGGAGGACAGUGUAGUACUUCCCCUCCCCAACGUUGUAAAUGGUUCUUGACACUGUUUGCUGUGUGGGCGGUCCACUACAUUGCAAGUCGGCAUUUGCUUCUCUUCCACAUUGGAAUGCUUCUAUCCACCUUGCAACAGUACUGUAUGGUAGAGCACGAUCUCCUAGAGCUUCCACAAGCUCCGAGUGACAUUCAGUCGCAUUUCUGCUGCGAAGCACUGCUAUUUUCACGUAACAAUGCUGUUCCAGCUGGCUAAUGUUCAUUCUUGACGAAGUUUAUAAUCACACUGACUUCGCGCUGGACUCGCUUCAUUGUCCUUGGACUUCUGCAUCAUCUAGCAGCAUCAUUAGAAAUCAGAUGUUGCUGUCUCUUAGCGGCAAAUUUGGAAAUUCCAGUUGGAGCUUUUGAAAUUUCAGAAAAAUGAUGUUGCCAUGACUUCUGAAGUAACCCAUGUAUAAUGAAAGUGAUAUUAUUUUCUAUUGACAUUAUUAUACAGUUUGCUUUUGCUACAUUAAAUCUUUAACUUCAGAAAAUGUUGAGACCACUGAUCUAGAUGGUUGUUAUUAUACUGACAGAUAUUUUAUUGUUAUAUUUUUAAGAUUAGUUAUGCUGGUUUGGAUAAAAUCUGGGACCCUUUGAAUACUGGACUAGUGCUCUAACAACUGGACUCUCUGGGUUUAAUUUCAACUUGCCACUAAUCUUGUACUUUCUUCAAAGAACAAAUCUGUCAGUAUAGUGACAGCCAGUCAUGAGGAAAUAGGAGAAGAGCAAAUUCCCAAAAUGUUGUGUAUAACAAAUGAGCUUUACACAGUGGACAACACAAUAUUGAUAUAAUUGAUUAGCCAUUAUCACAGUCUUGUAGAGAAUCAUAACAGUAAAAGAGUUGGUUGAAACUGAGUAAGAACGGAACAAACCAGUAGGAAUGUUCUUUUGCUGUGAGAUCUCAUUGAUUGAGAGUAUAUUUUCAUCUAACAAAGUGUAAGUGAACUAGUCAGUUGUGGAGAACAGAUAGUCCAUGUGUAUCAGGAAAGAUUUAAGUGACUUCCCGCUGAGGAAAGAUGUUUGAUAUUGUAAGUGAUGGCUUCUUUUUAAUUCAUGGGUUAAUGUUUAUCAGCAGUAUCACUUCAGUUACAGACAAGGCACUUAAAAGGAGUUGUGUGAUAUUCUGUCAUUUGGUUGCUACUUUUUUGGGUUUGGUGUUUAUCGGAAUCACAUUUGCAUUCCAAGAAUUAUGCAGGUUUAUUUUUAUAAAUUGAAAAUGUAUACAUAUCUCUUACGCACAACAAAAUUUGCAAACCCUCAAAUAUACCUCUUGUCAAAAUUUGAAAUAAUGCUGGCAUUAUGUUGUGAUUCAUUUUAUAUGCAUACUGUAAGAGUGUAUAUGAAAAACUUUUUCCUUUAUGUGGUGGUAGCUCCUUUCACUGAGAAGACCAUGUUGGCGAUAAAGGAAUUUUCUGUGAAAGGUCUUUUUUUAAGCCUGUCUUGUAUGUGUGUGUGUAAACCUAGAUUCUGUUACAUAUGCAUAUUAUUUGAUGAGUCGACAUAUCCAUAACUCUUUGUCGUUAAUCCAGUCUUGCCCACAUCAGAUUGCCAUGUCAAUGUUUGCUUGACUUUGGAUUCGAGAGGUUUAAUGUGUGCCAGUGCAUGACAGCACUAUAUACUGAAAGUAAUUACUGUACGAGAGUUUUAGUGAUUUACAGACCCUCUUUUAGUGUUUCUUUAUUUAAAGUUUUCCUUCAUAAAUGUUCACUUUCAGUGGUUUUAAUCCAUUAAAUUCCCACUAGGUAAGAUUUGCUUGAAUCCAGAUUCUGUCCCACCUUCCCCUAAAUGGAAUCUCAGGUGAUAAUUUCAUUGCAUGUAGUGAAGUAAUGUAUGUCUGUGGACACUGCAAACUUUUUAUUUUGAAAAGGCCUUGAAGGCCUGUUCUGUAAUAGUUUCAGUUACAUAAAUGUUUUCUUCUCUGUCUUUAUUUUAAAGGUCUGCGGUUUCAGAUUUCAUCUUUUGAGACUUUGUGACAGCCUAUGUUCGGUUGAGUUCUAUCAGUUAAUCUUAAUAUGAAUCUAGAAGCAUUCCCCAAGAAUAAUAAAAGGACUUUGUCCUGUUCGUAAGGAAUGCUGAAAAUACUGUCCCUGUAUAUGCACAUGCAUUAUGUGAAAGUAGUUUAAGCAGGUUGAGGUUGACAGGAAGGUCUUCAUGAGUAAUUCUUUUAAAUUAUCUGCAUGUUCUCCUCCAACUCUUCUUCCAUAUGGAAGUACAAAUAAUACAUCUGUACAUAUACACAUGUAAAAAUCAUGCAUGGUAAGAUCAAAAAAAUAUGUGUUCUGACCUUGUUCCUAUUUUAUCCACUUUCUCUAUAAUAAGCACACAGCAUUUCUUUCAACAGAUUUCUUGCCCAGAAGUGACUCAGUAGAGUGAUCUCGUUUAUUAAGUUUUUGGAUGCCUACUGUGCUUGUAAUUGUGACCCUGGGAUAUUGAUAGUGUAAUUUUCUUUGACAUUAUAUGAAACCAAUCCACCCACAAUGAUAACUACUACUAAACAUACUGUUGUUCUAACUUUGUUCAUAUUACUCUAUUAACCAUUAGAUAGGUGAUAAAUUUGUUUAAAUACACUUAGAUUAUAUGCAGUACUGUUAAUUUCCACUCAUUCUUUUGCAGUGUCCUUGCAGGUGGUUGUCCAAAGUGUCUGUUCUGCUCUCUUCCUUUCUAAUACUGCACUGAAUGAGAGGUUACUUAUUUCUACUUGUGAAUGUAAAAAAUACAGCCUUAUUAAUGAACAUUCAAAUAAUUUGUAGCUUUGAUUUAUAUACUUCUUUCUAAUUUCUAUUUUAUCUUUAUUGUUCAUGUAUGUAAUACCGUUUCCAUGUGUCCAUGAGACAUGCCAGUGGCAUUAUUUUCAAUAUUUUAUUGUGACCAUUUUACUUUAUGCAUGCAUUUACAGUAUGUUUUGCAUAUUUUGAGUUCUCCUUAUUGUGCUGUAUGUUAUGAAGAUUUUCCUUGUAUCUGAAUUGCCUCCUGUUCACCCCAUAUACAUUUGCGGUUUAUUUCUUUCAGAAUGUACUUUUCUACGUCUUACUCCUUUACUGUCAAGUUUGUCAUGUGAAAACAUACUGUAUAUACUGGUCUUAUGUUACUGUUCUUAAAUGAUUUUGUUUCUGUCUGAGGCAUGCAGUAGUAUAAAUUCUAACAAAUGCCACAGAAAUAAAUUCAUUCAAGAUUAUCCACUCACUUACAUAAAGUAGAGGCUUAUCUAGCGAUAGUGGUAACCAUGCUUAGCCUUUAACAUAUGAAUGUUAGAUAUAUCUAACAGCAAGUAACAUUCCACUGUGACUGAAUGUUAGAUUUAUCUAGCAGUACACACGCUCUCUUUGGGAGUCCUGACAGUUUGAUCUUCCAUUGAAACCACAAUAAACCCACACAAAGUCAAGUCGAUGGUUCAUUCAUUAGCUCUGAACAAUGAAAUCGUUUAUUGCGAUACUGGUUUCAGUGUGGUUUACAUUUCAAUAUGACUGUUUAUGACCAGGUCAGCCAAAUAGAGGACAGCUUUGUUUUGAGAACUGAGAAUUAAAUAUUCAUCUGUGCAUGCAGAUUAGUGCUAUCCAGGCUUGCAUGGAAGUGGGUCAUUCUCAGGGAUUGGUUUUCAGUACUGAAUUAUCAGUCAGAAAGUCAAUGUUGGAUUGUCAAUUAUUUAUUUAUAAAGUAUUUUUAUUUUGUGUUUCGGUAGAGGUAUAAAGCCAUUGAAGAUGACAGUGCACAUAUGGGUUUGUGGAUAAAUCUGAUAGGAUGGUAAACAGUUAUGGAAUUGCCUGGAGGACAUGGAAAUGGACGAAGAAAUUCUUUUUCCACCUAAUAGACAUGACAGUUCUCAAUGCCUGUUCAUUGCACAAGUCGUGGUGGAAAAAUGACACAAAAAAUUCUGCAAAAUCAUAGUGCGAUAUUUGAUUGUACAGUCACAUGAGGUGAAUAUCACGGUCAGUGGCGUUUCUUGGGGAGGCCAAACUCAUCUGGGGCCCAACUGAGUCGACUAGAGGUGAAACAUUUGCAACACUGGCCAUCCAAAGGGAAACAAAGUUGUUGUGUGUGUUCGCUAAAUAAGAAAACCAGGAGCACGCUCUUCUACUGUAAAAUUGUGAUGUUGGUCUGUGUGUGUUAAAGACUGCUUCAAGAAGUGGUGCACGCACGUCAGAGUGUGGGCACUGAAAGUUGUCAUAAACCGUGAAGUGACGCAGUCCAUGUUCCCGUACAGUUUGAAUAAAAGUUUAUAUAUAGUGUGA